UGUGCGCGCGCGUGCUUUGGUGUGUGUCCCGCAAGUAGCUGUCACUAAACUCUUGAACCUUCGCCGUCAGUUUUGUGAGUGUGUCGAGUGCGCGCGGCGGUGUUUCUGUUCCUUCUCCUUCUCGCGGGCGUCGUCGUCGUCUUUUUGGGUGGGUGCGUCCGUUCCGUGGCGUCCAUAGCAGGUUCCGGCCGAGAGACGGUUGUGGGAUCAAACUGUGGCAUUGCGGAGGUGGGAGAAUUGACCGGAGCAGCUUCACCAGUUAUCACCGCUCGGAGUUCCGGAAGGCGGAAGCAGCAGGCCGUAGCGCCAGGUAGCAGUAGCAGGAGGAGGAAAAUUUUAUCGAUCCGUUUUCCACAACGAAAGCGGGAUGACAGCAGCAGCGGAUCGUUGAUUUUUGCGGUGCUGUCAACGCCAGGUCAAUCGACCCAGAAUCGAGGGAGCGGUCUUCCGGGAAUCGUCCCAGUAGGUCGUGGUUCUAGAAGCAAAUUGGGUGAAAAGUAUUUUUAAACUUGGAAACGGCAAGCUUCAAGUGCAGUUUCCAAAGAUCAAAUUUCCGAGGGAAACAAGUGCAUCAUCUGUUCCGAGGGAGUGGAGGGAAAAAGUGGUUCCCCGAUUAGUGUGCAGAAGUAGUGAUUUAGAGCAGGUUCCGCAAGCGAAGCAAAAAAAAAAAAAAAUACGGCGGCCAAUCGAAAAGGUCAACGUUGCAAAAGAUAAAAAUAAAGCAUCUUUCUCGCUGCUGCUGCUGGUGGUGAUCUGUGAAGUGUGUAGAGAAGAAGAAGUGGCGCUGAGUUUUGCGAAUAUAGUGACGAGAGUUGCACGAAAUAAUUCGCACGCCGUGGCCAGAAUUUUUGAUUGGUCUAUCGAGAGAAUUGAACCGGAGUAAUUGAUGGUACCACCAACUAACCGACGAUAGACGACGAGCCACCAUGCCUCACCGGAAUGCAGUCCAUCAUCAGCAACAACAGCCUCAGCCAAGAAGUUUAGUGUAGUGACCUGAGAAGACGACCCUUUCUCUUCAAUUGAAGAAGAAGAAGAAGCUAGUGAAACGUUUACGGGUUAGAUUUUAGUUUUAUUUGUCUGCUAAGGUAGUGCCGUGUAGAAAAAAAAAAAAGGUGGGACCAACCAAGUUGACGCCGACGUGGUAAAAUGCUGAACUCCAUCUCGAAGCAUCUGCUUCACUGCGCGCUGCUCUUCACGCUGUUGAUCGUGUUCGAGGUGUUCUCCGGCGGCAUCAAGGUCAACGAAAACAGCUUCGUCGCGAUCGACCCCUGGGAGGAGUAUGGCACCAUUCCGACGCUGCUGCUGUACACGCUCCGGUUGCUUACGUUCCUCACGCUGCCCCAGGUGCUGUUCAACUUCUUCGGGCUGGUGUUCUACAACGCCUUCCCGGAGAAGGUAGUGCUGAAGGGUUCGCCGCUGCUGGCGCCCUUCAUCUGCAUCCGGGUGGUGACCCGCGGCGACUACCCGGACCUAGUCAAGUCGAACGUCCUGCGCAACAUGAACACCUGCCUGGACACCGGCCUCGAGAACUUCCUGGUGGAGGUCGUCAGCGACAAGCCGGUAAAUCUUCCGAAACAUCGCCGCACGAGGGAGAUUGUCGUCCCGAAGGACUACAAAACCAAAACCGGUGCCCUGUUCAAGUCGCGUGCCCUGCAGUACUGCCUGGAGGACAACGUGAACGUACUUAACAACAACGACUGGGUGGUCCACCUGGACGAGGAAACGCUCCUCACCGAGAACAGCGUCCGCGGCAUCAUCAACUUUGUCCUGGACGGGAAGCACCCCUUCGGGCAGGGCCUGAUCACGUACGCCAACGAGAACGUCGUCAACUGGCUGACGACGCUGGCGGACAGCUUCCGCGUUUCGGACGACAUGGGCAAGCUGCGGCUGCAGUUCAAGAUGUUCCACAAGCCGUACUUUAGCUGGAAGGGCAGUUACGUGGUUACUCAGGUCCACGCCGAGAAGGAGGUCUCGUUCGACAACGGCAUCGACGGUUCGGUCGCGGAGGACUGCUUCUUCGCGAUGCGGGCCUUUGCCGCCGGGUACACCUUCAACUUCAUCGAGGGCGAAAUGUACGAGAAGAGCCCGUUCACGCUGCUCGACUUUCUGCAGCAGCGCAAACGCUGGCUCCAGGGCAUCCUGCUGGUGGUCCACUCGAAGACGAUCCCGGUGCGCAACAAGCUGCUGCUCGGGAUCAGCGUGUACUCCUGGGUCACGAUGCCCCUGUCGACGUCCAAUAUGAUCUUCGCGGGGCUGUACCCUAUUCCGUGCCCGAACCUGGUGGACUUUUUGUGCGCGUUCAUCGCCGGGUUCAACAUCUACAUGUACGUGUUCGGGGUGAUCAAGAGCUUCUCGCUGUACCGGUUCGGCGUGGUCAAGUUCCUGGCGUGCGUGUUGGGCGCGCUGUGCACCAUCCCGAUCAACGUGGUCAUCGAGAACGUGGCGGUGAUUUGGGGGCUGGUCGGGAAGAAGCACAAGUUUUACGUGGUGCAGAAGGACGUCCGGGCGCUUGUUACCGUUUAAAAGGGAGGCAGUAUCAUUACUAGUAGGUUUAAAGUUCUUUCUAAUUAUGAUUAUUUUUUACCAAGAGCAAGUUAGCUGUUAGCACACACACAACACCCCCAAACCAACCAACAACCUUUGUACAUUUGUUAGAGUUUGUGAGUUUUUUUUUCUGAAUUUAUCAGAAAAAAAAGAAAGAGUAUUUUGCGCGCAUAACCGUUUAAGGGAAAACGAAAGUCAUUUGUGUAUGUUGUUUUUAUGUGGAACUUCCUCAUGAAAUGGAACAAAACAAUAUAUAAGUUUAUUCUAAUACAGAAAUUGUUUGGUUCUUCCCCGACUUGGCUUAGAUUGAGUGCGAGAGUGUGUGCGGGUGCGCGAGCAAGAGAAAAAUUCUAUGAGAUUUUUUCAUUGUUAUUUAUUUUUUCCGUGUACAUUUUUUCUGUUUUCCGUGUGUGUAGAGAAGAGUAAGGUUAAGCAUUUUUACGUGUACAAUUGUAUUUUGAAAACCGUGUUCUCACCAACGUGUAUAAUUAGUGAAUAUCAUUACGUUUACGUGGCAUUGGCAUUUUUUCCUCUUUCCCCAUUUCCCCGCUCACCACUUUUAGCAGAUUCCUUAAACUUUUCACUCUGGGUGCUCUUAAAAAUCACACACACGCAAAUCAUUUCAUUAUUCGAUUUCAAACUUAACACACAAGCAAAAAAGAAAACAAACGGGACGAAUCUACUUAUUUAGAAAAAAACGAUUUAAAACGUGGCUUCGUAAGUCGAGUGGAGCAAAAGAACAAAAAUGGUUAAACAAAACUAAGGCAAAAACUCCCACGUCCACACACGUUGUUCACAAUCUGUAUUUAAUAAAAUAUUAAACAACAAAAAAAACAA